UUCUUCUUCUUCUUCUUCUUCUUCUUCUUCUCUUCGCCUCUCCUUCCUUCUGUCGCGCACGCGCCCUCCAUCCAAAAUAAUCUCCGCCAUUCUGCGCUGCAUACAUCAAUCUAGUGCAGAGCCUACGAACACCCCCUAGUUCACACUACAUAUACCUGGCCCAGGGUACUGUCCAGCAGCACUUCGAAAGAUCAUAAAAACACACAGACACAAGCGAAAAAACAAAAAACAAAAAACAAAACACUCGCUCGCUCGCCCACUCACCCACCCCGCCGGAAUACAAUAACAAGAACUAGUACUCAAAACAAUGGCCGGUGUCGGUAUGCCAGCCUCGGGGUUGAUGAUGGCCACCCCUCUCCAGGCGACAACACAUCAACUGCACCAACAGCAGGAAUGGGUACCUUCCUUGAUCGCAAAACGCAUUGCAUCCUGGAAAUACAUCGCCCGCGUCCUUCAGGGCGGCACGGUCCUCUACAACACCGCCCUGGUCUCUGAAAAUGAGAUGAGGCAGCUCUGGUCAGAGGAGAAGAUGCAGCGGAGGUCGUUAUCGUUCUUCUUCCUGGGCACAUCAUUAGCAUCGAUCCUAGAGAUCCCGAACACGAUCGACUGCAUAAAGGCGUUAAAUCAGGUCCUGCAGGAAUAUGAGUCCUUUCUCGCCGCGGAAGCGAGAUCCAAAUCUAUAUUUUCUAUCCGGAAAGGAAACACAGAUCUCAAACCGUUUGAAGAAACAACCGAAUAUUCACAUCUCGACGUUAGGAACAUGCCAUUCAACCUAGACUAUGUGAUCACCGCCUCAACACUUUGUGACAUGGUUGGACAGGUCUACGAGAAACUAAGGCUGCAGCUGCUUCACGAACAUGUCUGGCCCUUGAUCACCCUCGAGGCCUUUCAAAAAGUCGACGCACGGUUCAAGAAAAUCCUGAUGAUGGUGUACAAAGAAAUCGAAGCUGUGGCCCGGGAGGUGAUGGUCCAGGAACUGAACACGAUGGAUCCCCUGGGAUUAUCGGCAUCCACAUUUAACUACGAUGACUUUGAAUAAUAAUAAUAAAAUAGC